CAACCGAAUAUGAUCGGUUACGUGAACAAAAUAUGCAAGCAGAUGCCCAAGCAAUAGGAGUACAAGUAUGUUAUAAAGAUUCUUUGGAACUUCUUAUUCGAAGUUUUCAAAAUAUACAAAACAUACAAGCAGAAGUAGACAAUCGAGACCCACCCCCACCUUAUA